AUGGCUGCCGCCGCCGCCGUCAAUGGGUCGGGCGACCCGUUCUCAGGCAGCCCUCAUGGAAAUCCACCGCCGCUACGAUAUGCCGCUUUUGACCACGAUCAAUUCUCGCUCUACUCGUCCAGCUCGCCUUCUUCCGCUAGGCGCGCAUUAGAAGCACAUCUGAAAGACACUGAUCGCCGGAUACAGGACGCUUCAAGAUUGGGUACGACUUUGGUGCAGCAGCGCAAGGACCUCGCUUCGAAAUUGAAGGAAGUGGAGCAAAUGCAGCAAGACAGCGAGGUGCCCGAAGACCUGAGAGAAAAGUUGGCAGAGCUGGAGCGAGAGUACAAUGAAGUCGGCCGCGAGUCUGCGCGCGCUUUUUUGCCCAAGUCUCGCGUCGUCAGCGAGAAUGAACCAAAUGCUGCGUCAGGCUUGAUAUCAGGAUCUGGCCGAGAGUCGCCCACCAAAAUCUCUGCCCCAUCAAGACGGCAGCGCAACCAGCAGAGCAACCGCGUGCACGACAUUGAAUUCGCGACCGAAAUUAGUACUUCGUUGCUUGCUCAGGUCCGGCAACUUCAGGCAGCUCUUGCUGAGAAAGAUGAGGAACUCAAGGAUACGACUGCUGCCAAGGCUCAGCUGGAGAGCGAAGCGACAAACCUGUGGCAACGUCUGCGGCACAUGGAUGAGAACGAGCAGAAAUACAAGGAUGAGAACUGGAAUCUCGAGACCCGUCUGCAGGAGAUGGAGACCAGCUUGAAAGAGAGCACGGAGAAGGAGAGUCGCAUGGCCCAGACCCUCAAAUCUGUUCAGACCGAAAAGGCGGCUAAGGAGCGCGAAUUGGACGACUUGAAGGUCAAUCAUGACAAGCUCAACGAGGACCAUGCCAUGGCCAAAAAGGUGCAAGAGGCCGAUCUGCAUGGGUUGAGAAGAGAUGCGGCGACGCACGAAUCUGAGCGGACGAGACUCCUUAGGAAGAUUGAGGAGCUUACUUCACAAAAUACGGAACUCGCAAAGGCGGUCUCUUACCGGUUCAGCCAGACAAUUCAACCAUCUGACACCGACUUCAUUUCAGCCGAGGAAGGCGUUCAUUCCGACGACCAGAGUCCGAUUCACAGCGAGCCUCCGUCACCGAUCAAAGGCACUCCCGCUCGGCAUGGCAUGCUUGAGAGCGAGACGCUGAAAUCGAGUCUCAACCAUGCCCAUCGAAUGAUCCAGAAUCUGAAGAACACGGUCCAUCGCGAGAAGACUGAAAAGAUCGAGCUGAAGCGAAUGCUCCAAGAUGCGCGUGAUGAGCUCGAGACUCGCCGCGACAGCAAUGCUGGGAUCCCGGCCAAUGUCGCAAAGAAGCGCAGGAGCGAUUCGGAAAAUGUCAAGUUUAAGAGACCAGGUCAUGGGGCCAGGCUCGGUGCUGCUCGAAACAGCUCGACUGAGAUCAUUGAUGAGCCUGAUUGGGAGGAUCAGGAUAUGGAGCUUACUCCCAGCAAGGCUCGGUCUGCUAGUGCGGCUGCAGGCGUUGCAGGGGCCGCUUCGUAUGGCUAUGGCAAGUCUGAAGAGGAUACCUCCGAUGCUUUCGAGACUGCAAACGAACGAGAGACGACCGAAAGUGAGGCAUUUGCUACCGGCAAUGAGGACUUCGACGAUGAUACCGAAGGCGACGCUACCGAGACGGAGAGCGGCGCAAACCGUACCAUGCGCUCGGUCAGCAGUCUCUCCAGCAAACCAAAGGAUAGACGCUCUUUCAUGUCAACUGCCUCCACAUCAGCUGAUGAGGAAGAGGAGGAUGUCAUCAGAACGCCAGUUCAGAAUCCUCAACAGCCAAAGUAUAGACUACGCCUAAGCCGCGGUGUCAGGCGGUCUGGCCGUGUGAGUGAGAUCAUGACAGACUCUCCCAACGCCAGCAAUCACAGUCCAUCUUCCAGCACGGGAACACCUCAGCCAGCAGCAAUGCAAAGUCUCGGCGAUGAACUUGACGCGCUCGAUGAAAGCAGCAUAGAAGGCACACCUGCUUCGAGCCGGACGAUGGAUGUUGACAGUACCCCAGAAACCCAACGUCAACUGAGCAUAGAGCCUGAGAGUCCGAUCACUGCCGACUCUGAGGCUACUGCUGGACCUAGCCCAGAGCUUUCUGGAGAACACGCGGUUCUCGCACACCAAGCCAAUUCUGCCAUGCUUGCGCACGAGUUCGCAGUCCGCAAGCCUGAGAUGGUCGACGCUGGCGUCAUGACCGAGCCAUGGGAGCCCGAGCGAAUAGUCGAAGAGCGCAUCGUGGAGAGAGAGAUUGAAUCUUCUGAGGACAAGGGAGGACUCCGAGAUCGCGCUGGCCAGCUCGUUGGAGGAGCUUUGGCUGGUUUCGGUCUUAGUAGAGUCCUUGGCAAGGGUAAAGAUGGAUCGGUUGACGACGAAGAUCAGGACCAAGCUGCCUCUGGAGCGGCCGAAGGUGACGAGCUUGCGCGCACAUCCACAGUUGACACAGCAGUCGCUGCGCCUGUUCAAGAGCCGAAAUCCGUCAGCGUUGGGACAGAUGCCUUGCCUGAACCCAAGACCAACAUUCUCCCCCAGCCUGUUAGCGUUGGUACAGACGCCUAUCCGGACAUUACGCGCGAUACUCCACGUGAGGCCAUCAGUGUGGGCACAGAUGCUUAUCCUGACCCAAAGGCUCUGGUCACGGAGAAAGAUUUAGCACCGGCGAAUCUAGAGCAAUCCGGUAUCGUGUCCCAGCAGACUGAGCCCAUCUCACCACCAAGACCCGUCAGCACACGGCGGGUGUCCGGUGGCGGGCUCCAACGCAUCACCGAUGCGGCAUCGAAGCCAGAGAUACCCCCAAUGCCCGUGGCUGCACCUCCACCGCCUCCUGUGGCUGCAUUCUCCUUUUCUGAAGUUGUUGCGCAAGAAAUCGAACCAAUGGAAGCGAUGGUACCCCCAGGCCUCCCUCGAAGAAGCUCUAAACGACCAGACCUCGUGUUUGCCGAAGACUUCCAACAAGAUUCUGCUGCCAAAGAUGUAUCUGAGCGCGACAUCCCAGGUACAGACAAGGCGCAAGUUGGCGCAGGCUUCUUCGCCGCUGCGACUGCUCCAACCCUCGUCAGGAAGAGGUCUCAAUCGUUCCCAGUCUCCGAACGUAGUGUUCGUUUUGCAGAGGACUCUACUGACCCAGAUGCACCUCCUCAGAAGAUUCUCACGGAGGUCUCUCCCAACAUUGCCGUCAAGAAACCCGUGGCCGAUGAAGGCUCUCAAACCGUCGUUUCUGGCGAGGACAUUGACAGCAUGCUUCGCAAUAAGAAUGUUUCUAGAGAUGGUGGCAAUUCACCCAUGGGAGGCACGGCUGUCAGUACCGCCGCGGCGGCAGCAGCAGUCUCUGCAGCGACUGCGGCUACUGUGUCUGCCUUCGCAAGCACACCGACCAAAGAUGAGAAGCGACCGGAGACUAGACCGUCAAUUUACGAAUCUCCAACUCUGAGACCUCCUCGACGACCAGCCAGUGCUGGCAGUAUACGAAACAAGGCUGUCGCUGGGGCACCGCCUCUCCCACCAGAUCAUAAUCAAAGGAUCGCAAAGGCGGCUCAGCAAGCACCAGGCACUCCAAAUGCGCAGUCCACGGCGAGUGCUAUGGGCCCGCCGUUAAUGCCAGCUUCAGCAUACAAGCACCGACCAAAGACUCCAGGAGAUCGUCCUGUGUACGAAAGGGGUGCAUCUCGUGAUAGCACCACGCCACGCCCAAUUCGCACCAGAGAUAGCCGGACACAGUUAGCUGGGCAGUCAGAUCGGGUGUCACACCGUACGUCUGUCUCCUCCUUUGCUUCAGAACUGGACGAGCGCUUCAAUAUCACUCGUGGUCAAAUCAUGUACCCGACUGAUGUCGAGCCUGCUACCGACCCACGGAUGAUUCAAGCAAUCACACAGACGAUGAUUGGAGAAUACUUGUGGAAAUACACUCGCAAAGCUGGAAGAAGCGAGACCUCGUCCACUCGCCACCGGAGAUUCUUCUGGAUUCAUCCUUACACCAGGACGUUGUACUGGAGUGAGCAAGAUCCAAGCACAGCUGGCAAGAACAUGCUCAAGGCAAAGAGUGUCGCCAUCGAAGCUGUCAGAGUUGUCAGUGAUGACAAUGCUUAUCCACCUGGUUUGCACAGGAAGUCGCUAGUAGUCAUCACUCCUGGGCGUGAGAUUGUCUUCACUGCUCCUACCGGACAGCGACACGAGACAUGGUUCAACGCCCUGUCCUACCUCCUGCUCAGAACCGAGAGAGAGAAGUCGGAAGCUGAGGAUGUUAUCGACCAAGACGACAUCGACGAGUUCAACCCUGGCAUCGGUCGACAAGUUCGGAGAAGCAUUAGUAGAAUCGCCGGACGAAGUCAAAGCCGUCAGAGUCGUACGAGCUUGAGCAGCUACAACAGCCGAACAACACGCACGUCCAGCCCGCACCGACACGAUGCUGACCGGACCCUCACACAACGGGGAGGAAGAGUGACGCAGCAAUCGAAGAGUCUCCAGCCACCAACAUCAAACCCAGGUUUGACCGCAACAACGACCAACAACUCGCGGCAAUCAUCCGGCAGCGUCGCAGGUCGAAUCAGCUCAAUCACCAGCCGCUUCAGGCCAUCAAGCAGCCAACGCGCCAGAUCUAGUGCGUCUGUGCGACGACCCGACGACCCAGCCCAGAUCUACGACGCAAGCAUAGUCGCAGACAGCGCUGAAGACCUUCGAGCAGUGAUUGAGCAGCAAGAGCGAGAGGCGGACCGGUUGGAGAAUGUGAGGGCCUGCUGCGAUGGCAAGCACGACGUCGGCUCCCUGUCUAAGAGCGGGCGUCACUCGAGUGUGGGCAAUCGCUUCGGCAGCCAUGGACACCACUCGCACAGUCACGGACAUGGACAUUCUCGCAAAGCGUAA